AUGAGUUCUAAGACACCCAAUGCCAGUGCGGGAUUGACAGUGGUGGUUGGAAGGGACGCUGCCACAAGGAGGCCCUCAAGUAAGGAGGCCCCGAAAGAUCAGAAAGAUACAAGUGCUGGGCAUAACAGUAGCGGGAAUAAUAACGAACAUCAUGGAAAUAUAGCGAAUUCGGCAUCACAGAACCAUAGCGGCAAUGCCCCACAUACUCCCAUUCAGCAACAACUGCAUAAUCAUCUUAGCGUGAGAAGACCGUCAUUACUAAGGAGCCCUUCUAGUGCUAAUGGCACCAGCAGUAACGCUACCAGCGCAUCCAGUGCUGCCAGUGCUGCCAGUGCUGCUGCUUAUGCUGCGGCAACAUCCUCUGGGAAUAAAGAUAACGUGUCAAUGACAGCUACCAGCUCGAUAACCACCCACAACAAUAAUCUCAAUAAUCCUAGCAACGGCGGCAGCAACAACACUGCUAGCAUUCACCACAAUGGAGGUGUUAAGAGAACGCCAAGUGGUGGCAACUCUUCGACUGCGAGAUCAUUGAGUAUCAGAACAACCGAUCUAGAGAAUAAGUCUCAGUCUAAUACGUUGGCACCCCCAACGCACCCCUCGGCCCAAUCAAUGUCCAGGACUAGAUCGAGAUCGCUAACGCUGACGCUCAAUCAAAGUCUUCAUUUUGCAUCUCCUUCAUCUGCUACAUCAUCAACUACGAUGCAAUCGCCAAAUUCUGCCAACCCUGUUGGGUACGUAACCCAAGAAAGGGCAUAUCUCCGUAAGAUACGCAAUCAGAUGGUUGACGACUACUACACAAAAGGUAUAAGUGGAGCCCAGGACGACGACGAUGACGAUGACGAAACUAUUGAUGGGGACACUGGUACACACAACGGCACCAUGAACAACAAUAACAAUGAUAACAGAAACAGCAACAGCAACAGCAACAACAACAACAACUACAACAUUAAUAAUAAUAAUAAUGAUAAUCAAAAUAAUAAUGAUAAUAAUUAUUAUAAUAAUUCGAAUUAUAAUAAUACUGAUUCCAACAUUUAUCAGAAUUACAACCAAGGGAACAACGAUUUCAGCGCCAGUAACAAAAAAUCUCUCUACAACCACAACAACAGUAGUAGCAUGAAUAAUAAUUUCAACAAUAGCAACUAUCCCCCCAUUCAGGGUCAAAAGAAUAGUGGACAAGUAAAUAGGAGUAACAGCACAAAAUCUUCAAAAAGUAAUGAUAGUGAUACAUCCACUGGCUCCAUCAAUGAUUUCCAAUCCAAUUAUGCCACUGCAGCUUAUAAUAAUAACAAUUCAAAUAUGACAAGCAAUAGCAACAAUAACUAUAACAGUGAUUUAUUGGCUGAUAUAGAUGAGGAUAAAUAUCAAAUUGAUUUCAGUUUAGCAUUGUCAAUGAUGAGUAGUAAUUCAGCUAACUCCAUUAAUAUUAACCCACAAAAGAAUCUGCUGCAGCUUCUGAAGGAUAACACUGAUGAUCCAGCAGUAAUUGAAAGGUUAGAAUGGCAAUCCAUGCUUACUUCAGUGCUAACUGGAGAUGUUGUGAGAUCUGAAAAAACGAAAAUUAUCCAAACCAAUCCUGAAAAUGAACAAGAACUGUUUGCUCAUAUUACCUACAAGGAAGAUUUAUGGUUUGGCAUUCUUGCUAAGCUAUACAACAGAACUGAGGACGAUCAAAGAAAGAUCAUUGCAUACAGGAGAACAUUGGUAGAUGCUGUUUUGGAUGAGAUUAUGACAUUUGAAGUUAACUACGAUAAAACUGAGGAUAAGGAUGGAGAUCGUGAAGAUGAGGAUGAUGACAAUUUUAGCGGCCAAAAUAGCAAUAAUGAAGAUGGAAAUAGUAGUGCUAAUCCUAUUGAAAGUCCUAGGGAUCAAGUUGUAUCUAUCUUAGAUAAAUGGGAAAAAUGUUGUGACCAGUGGAGGACGAUGGAAGAAAUGAAAAAUGACAAACCUCUUUGCAGGACUGUUGAAUUUCAAGAUAGAAUUGAUGCGUUGAAUGCAUGGUUGAGUAUUACUGACGCAAUUAAGAGGGCACGCGAAAGUUUUAGAAUCUGGAUUGGAAACGAUGAAAUGGACAUCACGAAGGGUUCUUCAUUGAAUGAAGUGACACCUAAGAAAGAUGGAACAUCCUCUUCUGUAUCUUCAUCUUCUACUGCUUCAUCUACUACGACCACUGUCACACCAAAUACUUCUACCACACCAUCUACAAAUUCUAAUGUGACGCCGGCCACGGGAAAAUCGAAAAAUACACCAAUGACUGAUAAUGCGCCGGUUUUCGACGACGAUUCAAGAUCACUAGCUGAACGUCUUAUGAAGGAAAAAGAUGUACAAUUGACGUUCAACAAACGUAUCUUCUCGCCGCUUGCACCAUGGAUGAUUAAAUCCAAAGACAAUUACAUUAGAUUGGGUCCAGUUUUUGAGUCCCUAAAGCUUCCAGAUUACAUUCAUGACUUGAUUCAAUUAUGUCUUAUCCCGGCUAAGCUCAUUAAAGAAAUCAUCUCUGUUCGUCUCAAAUAUGCUAUGAGGCUACAAAACCCUACGCUUAUGAUGAUUGAUCAAAUGAUUGAUGACUUCAAGUCUUACAUUACUGUUGCUUUAGAAGUGAAGCUGGUGAUUGUCGAAUAUUGUAAACCAGACCCCGAUAAGAAUUGGUAUAUAAGGGAAUUUUUCGAGAAUGAGCGACUGGAUUUUGAUAGGGUUGUGUUACAAUGUGUUAAAUACUUCCUUGGAUUACUCAAUAGAAAAUUAUUGGACCUGUCAAGAUCUCCAACGAACUUCAGAACAUUCAAGGAACCUGAAGAGUUGGAGGAGACUUGGUAUUUCUUAAAAUGUCUUGGUGCAUAUAUUGAUGGUGGAAGUGUUGUGGUUGCUGAGCAAAUUACCUUGUUGACGCUGAAAUUAAUUCAUAGGUUGUUAGCAUAUUUAAAUAACCAAAUUAGGCAUCCACCUCAUACUCCAGCUACUUCGGCUUCAGAUUUAAUCAGGUGGUAUAGCUCUACUACGGAAAACUUUGGCCAAUUGAGAAGAAAAUUGGCAAGAUUCGCUGGUGAGAUUUCCAGGGACUUUACAAACCUGUUGGUUUUUGAUAUGCCAUCUACUCAUAACAAUAGAACUAAAAACUUCUUAGAAGUUUUAAGGCUAACCAAUCAUUUUUUGGUCUAUACUGGUACAGUCGAAACGCAAGGUAUCUAUUUCUUUGCCAGUAGUGAAUUGAUGGGUGAUGAUGAAGAAAUAUUGAAAUUCAUUAAUGGUGGCUACGUGGGAGUUGGAGAAAGUGAAUUAAAGCUGGAAUUUGUUGAUUUGCUUAGAGCGCAGGAUUCUGCGGCAGCAGCAGCAGCAGCCGCUGCCGCUGUUACUUCUUCGACCUUGAUUAAUAAUGGAAUGGCUACUGUUACCACCAAUGCAGGAGUUCUUUCAUCUGCUUACAGAGAGUCUACAGCAGGAUUAGCAUCUACACCUACUGAUCAUGCUUACGUACUUGCCAUAUGCCCUCCAAAAGCAAUUGUUUGGGAGGGUCAAGUAUAUAAUCUUGCGAUUGAUGAAGUUCCAAUCACUGAUAUAUCAGUCGGUCAGAUGCUCAUGAUUACCAAACUUCCUUAUGAUAGACUUCAUGAAGUUCGUGAGAAAUUCGUUGACAUAGUGCUGGAUGUAAUGGUGGUUAAUGGCAUGAUAAGGCCAAUGGAGCAAAGGUGCUCCUUGGCUAGGGUUCAUUAUGAUUUAACUAGAAUAACUCGAAGUUUCUUUAAAAUGUCAUUAUUGGUUUUAGAUUCGGUUCAAAUUGUCAGAGCUAAAUGUUUAGAAAUAGCUCCUAAAGGUGAUUUUCAAGAAUUGAUUAACAACUAUUUUGUUUAUGCCAGGGGCUACGUGAAAAACUCUGUUAAAACAAUGGACCUGACAAGAAAAUCAGCUGUUAUCAUGAAGUUAAUGCAAUUGAGUAUCGAAUGGGUUAGUUUCAUAUGUGAUGAUUGUAUACCGACUGAUCGUAGAACGUUCAGGUGGUGUGUUUUGGCUCUUGAAUUUGCGAUGGAUAUGACUAAGGGAUUCAAUGUAUUCGUAUUGAAUGAGGAUCAAUUUUAUAAGUUGAAGUUGAAGGUUGCUAGAUGUAUGUCCUUGCUCAUUAGUCAUUUUGAUAUCAUGGGUGCUAGAUCUAGUGAAGCUGAGAAAAAGAGAAUGUUAAAAUGGACCUCCUCAAGAACUAAUACGGAAAAUACGGAUGAUGAUGAAAUGAUCUUGAGUGCCUAUAGGGAAGAUAUUAUGAAGCAAAUCCAAGAAAGGGAAAAUUACAGAAAAGAAUUAGAAUCAGAACAACAGUCAGUUGGCCGUGUUCUUGAUAUUUCUGAUCUGGAAUACCAAUUCGUUACUUUAUUGGCGUCUUCAUUUUCAUCAGUUUCCAUUCGUUGGCAAAAGGGUAGAUUUAUCGGAGGCGGUCUGUUUGGUAAUGUUUACGCAGCUGUCAACUUAGAUACUGGUGGCGUCAUGGCUGUAAAGGAAAUCAGAUUUCAUGAUAGUCAAUCUAUUAAGAACAUUGUUCCAUCCAUUAAAGAUGAAAUGACAGUGUUGGAAAUGUUGAACCACCCUAACGUGGUGCAAUACUUUGGGGUUGAAGUUCAUAGAGAUAAAGUGUAUAUUUUCAUGGAGUUCUGUGAAGGUGGUUCUUUAUCAGGCUUGUUGACUCAUGGUAGGAUCGAAGAUGAAAUGGUUACCCAAUACUAUACUUUGCAGAUGCUUGAAGGUUUGGCCUAUUUACAUCAAUCCGGGGUUGUACAUAGAGACGUCAAGCCAGAAAAUAUUCUACUUGAUCACAAUGGAGUUAUUAAGUUUGUUGAUUUUGGGGCUGCAAAGGUGAUUGCUAAUACUGGUAGGACCAUUAGAGGUACUACUAUAAAUUCCAACAAGAACAAUUCAAUCAAGAGUAGCAGUGAUAAAGACAACCAGGAAGAUAAUGAAGUUAUUCCAUCACCUGCUGAGCCAUCCCCUAAUGCUGCAAAUCCACCAUUUGGAAACAAUCUUAAUUCUAUGACAGGUACUCCAAUGUAUAUGUCACCCGAAGUUAUCACUGGUGUUCCAACUUCUGGUAAUAAUGGUGUUAUUGAUAUUUGGGCACUUGGGUGUUGUAUUUUAGAAAUGGCAACUGGUAGAAGACCAUGGGCUCAAUUAGAUAAUGAGUGGGCAAUUAUGUAUCAUAUUGCUGCAGGAAAUAUGCCGCAAUUACCUUCACCAGAUCAAUUAAGUGAAAAAGGUAGAGCAUUCAUUGCUCGUUGUCUUGAACAUGAUCCAAAGAAAAGACCAAGUGCCAUGGAGCUUCUCAAUGACCCUUGGAUGGUAGAAAUUAGACAAUAUGCUUUCGACACUUCAGACACAGUAAGUACUCCAUCAUCUGAGGACAAGAGUAGCCUUACAUAA